AUGAAGCCCAGCUGCUCUAGGAUUGUGCACCUGGCAAUGCUGGCAGAAGAAGUUCUUUACAUCCGCCUGGAGUGCCUGAAGGAGCUCCUUGCGCGGGCGAGGCGCGGGGCGAGCGAACAUGGCGCUGGGCUGUGCGGGGUGCGGCGUGCGGGCGCUACUGGGGGCUGGCGCUCGCGCUCCCCCUGGCGGCGGGGCCGGGCCCGCCCGACACAGCGCAGCAGCAGCAGCAGCAGCGUGAUCCUGGGCAUGCGGCUGGAGCGCACCAGCAAGCCCGCGGCCGCGGCGCCCGACGGGGGCGUCAUCCAGGUGACCGAGGACAGCGAGGUGCAGCUGCGGCUCUUCGGGCUGGACAUCGGGCCGCACACCGGGGCCCUGGUGGCCUUCGCCGAUCUGGAUGCCAGGGCCGGUGCCAACGCCAGCGCCCGCGCCAACGCCAACACCAGCUGCCCCCUGCACACCCAGGACCUGGUGGUGCAGCCCAACAUGAACGACACGCACAACACCUCGGGAGUGCUGCACGUGCAGGUGCAGCCCCUGCGCAAGAAUGAGCGGGCCAAGAUCUACGUGCUGUGCACCAGGCGUGACCUUGGCCAGCCCUGGCUGCGGCACGAGGGCAGGGACGGCCGCCUCAUGGUGCUGGAGGAGAAGAAGUUACUGCUGCCCCUCUGGUUCCAGGUCAUUCUCAUCCUCUGCCUCCUUGUGCUCUCCGGCAUGUUCAGUGGCCUCAACCUGGGCCUCAUGGCGCUGGACCCCAUGGAGCUGCGCAUCGUGCAAAACUGCGGCACCGACAAGGAGAAGCGCUACGCCCGCAAGAUCGAGCCCAUCCGCAGGAAAGGCAACUACCUGCUCUGCUCCCUGCUGCUGGGCAACGUGCUGGUGAACACCACCCUCACCAUCCUGCUGGAUGACCUGAUCGGCUCCGGCUUAGGCGCCGUCAUUGCCUCCACCAUUGGCAUCGUCAUCUUCGGCGAGAUCGUACCGCAGGCGCUCUGCUCCCGGCACGGCCUGGCCGUGGGCGCCAACACCAUCGGCAUCACCAAGUUGUUCAUGCUGGUGACAUUCCCCCUCUCCUUCCCCAUCAGCAAGCUCCUGGAUUGCAUCUUGGGCCAGGAGAUCGGCACCGUCUACAACCGUGAGAAGUUGGUCGAGAUGCUGAAGGUGACAGAGCCCUACAACGACCUGGUCAAGGAGGAACUCAACAUGAUCCAGGGAGCGCUGGAGCUCCGGACCAAGACAGUGGAGGAUGUCAUGACGCCGCUUCACGAUUGCUUCAUGAUCAACAGCGACGCCAUCCUGGACUUCAACACAAUGUCAGAGAUCAUGGAAAGCGGCUACACCCGCAUCCCUGUCUAUGAGGAGGAGCGCUCCAACAUCGUGGACAUCCUCUACGUCAAGGACCUGGCCUUUGUGGACCCAGACGAUUGCACCCCCCUCAAGACCAUCACCAAGUUCUACAACCACCCAGUCCAUUUUGUCUUCCACGACACCAAGCUAGAUGCUAUGCUGGAGGAGUUCAAAAAGGGCAAAUCGCACCUGGCCAUCGUGCAGAAGGUGAACAGCGAGGGAGAGGGCGACCCCUUCUACGAGGUGCUGGGGCUGGUGACGCUGGAGGACGUCAUUGAGGAGAUCAUCAAGUCGGAGAUCCUGGACGAGUCGGACAUGUACACUGACAACCGCACCCGGAAGCGUGUGGCCAACCAGAAGAACAAGAGGGAUUUCUCCGCCUUCAAGGACUCCGACAGCGAGCUCAAGGUGAAGAUCUCGCCCCAGCUGCUCCUGGCUGCACACCGCUUCCUCGCCACGGAGGUGACACUCUUCAUGCCGACCCUCAUCUCAGAGAAGAUCCUGCUGCGGCUUCUCAGACACCCCGACGUCAUUCACGAGCUCAAGUUCGACGAGGAGAACAAGAAAUCACCCCGGCAUUUCCUGUACCACAGGAACAAGCCGGCCGACUACUUCAUCCUCAUCCUGCAGGGGAAGGUGGAGGUGGAGGCUGGCAAGGAGAACAUGAAGUUUGAGACGGGAGCCUUCUCCUAUUACGGUGUGAUGGCGCUGAGCCUGCCCCCUGCACAGGAGCUGCGCUCCCCGUCCCAUAUGAGCAGCCUGAACCGCUCGGCGUCACUCAGCAAUCCUGAGCGCUCGGACUCCAUCUCCUCCCCCAUCAGUGGCAGCAGCAACCAGCUCAACGUUUGCACCAGCCCCCAGUACGUCUCCGACUUCAGCGUCCGUGCCCUCAUGGACCUGCAGUUCGUCAAGAUUACGCGCCAGCAGUACCAGAAUGGCCUGAUGGCCUCCCGCCUGGACAGCUGCCCUCAGUCUCCAGACAGCGGUGCUCCCAAAAUGGACACCAGCUUGACGGAAAAGGCGGAGUCCUCGGUGGCCGACGAGACCACCAGCCUCCUGAACGAGAGGAACUGCCUGAACCUCAGGAGCAGCCACAGUCCCCAGGAGAACUCCAUCUGAGCCUGGCACCAGGGCACCCGCCGGUGCCCCCGCCAGGACACUUAGCACCCUUCGGGGUGGGGAGCCUUCCUCCCCGUCCAAAUAGCUCUGUCUAGAGAUCCCCCUCUCUGUGAGACGCUUUGAUCACUCAGGGCAUCCCCUGCUGCCAGCGUUGGUGAGGAUGUGGGUUUGUGGCACCAUGGCCAUGCAAGGAUGCAAAAGGGAAUCCCCCACCCCUUACCUGAAAAUGGGCCCUGGAGCUGUUGGAUCCCAGGGACCGACUUUACCUUGGCCUGGGCCAGGCAUGGGCUAGGGGCAGGGAGGCUCACUUCACAGAGGAUUUAUAAAGGGAGCCCAUUGCCUGCUGUUUCUAAACUGGCUUUUAUUUAAAUGAAUAAAGAUGGAAACAAAGGGACAAGGUCUCAAACCCCAGGCCGUGCUGGGAGUGCCCCCGCCAAGAACAGCUACGCUCACCCGCUUGGCGCCUCAGCAUGGCCCCUCGCACUCCCUCCCAGCAUGGCCCUGUUCCCACCCCUAGUCCAGCAGCACAGCAGUCCUGGCCAUGCAGUCUGGGGACGGGACAGCGAUCAGCCUGGGCAGCAGUUGCCAGAUGUGGGAGUCACUGGCCCAACUCAGGAAGCCUUGGUGUCUCAUCGGUUUCUUUUUUUUGUUGCCGGGUGGUUGAAAGUUCGGAGCAGCCAGCACUGAAGCCAGUUACAAGAAGGGUGGUUAGAACCCAUCCUGCCUGGGCACUGGCCUUGCAGAGCUCUUCGUUUGUCUGUGUCAUUUGGUGCAUCUCCAAGAUGGAGCCCAGAACGUACCCAGGAUUCAGCUGAGGGUCGAGGGGCCAGGCUCCAGGGGUACUUCUCAUGUCAAGCGCUGGAUGCGGGCACUGCUGAGCGGAGCGGUGGUGCUGGCUGGGAUUCGGCAUCACUUCAGCGGCCAUGGUGCGGGUAGGGUUUUGAGCACUGCUGUGAAUGGGUCUGGGUGGGAGUGGAGCAGCCAGGCCAUGGGGGGGGCAGCCAGUGAAAAGCCCCUUCCGGCCGAUAUGGCUUGUGAGGAGCCUGCUGGUUUUGUCCCUGCCUGGCCGGAUUCUGCUCUCGCCUGCGUGGGGUUUGCUGCAUCAGUGGGGUACUCUGCGCACAGAGUGGCCGGCUGCACGCCGUUGGGGCAGACACCUGGGCUUCUCCACCCACCUGGCCAAGAGAGACUCAGCUCUCAUUUGCGCCAGUGAAAAUCCAGAUUGACUCUGUCGACUCACUAGCUGAACCCGAUUGACACUGGAGUAAUAGAGCAGUGGGGCAGCCUGUGUCCUUGUGAGAGCAGUAUAGCUUGUCCGUUCCCACGGGCUCAGGUAACUCUGGCCCCCACACCUGUCUGUGUCCUCAAGGCUGCUGCCUGGGUAGCUGGGAGCCCUGGUCCGAGGGCACCGCUAGGGAGAGAGGGCUGGGCAGGGAACCUGUCAGGGAGCAAACCAGCUCCAGGGAUGCUCCUCAGUGGAGUGAGAUGGUUGGCAGGGGGGUUGGCUGAGGGGGACCGUGGCGGCGGGGAGGGA